AUGAACACCAACGACACCAAUAGGCUGCGCGUCGUCGUCGUCGGCGGCGGCAUCGCAGGCCUCGCUGCCGCCGCCGUGCUCCGCCAGCGCCACGACGUGACCGUGUACGAGCGCGAGCCGGCGUCCGCGCCCGAGCGCGGCGCGGGAAUCGGCCUCGGGCCCAACGGAAGCAAGAUGCUCAAGAGGGCAUUCCAGUUCUGCCCGGGCGAUCUCAAGGCCACCGUCUGCGCCGGGUCGCGGACCUACGACAAGGAGGGCAACCUGCUGCGGGAGACGACGGGCACGGCGGAGCCAUUUGGGGGCGAGUGGCUGCUGAUGCACUGGACGGACCUGCGGGAAGAGCUGCUGCGGCUCGCGACGGGGGACGCGGCGAAGCUGGGCAUCUCCGGCCCGCCGGCGACGGUCGUGGAUGGGGCCGAGGUCGAGGAGGUGGACGUGGAUAUGGGGACGGUGUGGCUGCGGGAUGGCAGUGAGGUCGACGCGGACGUUAUUGUCGGAGCCGACGGUAUUCACUCCUUCGUGCGGCAGGCCAUCGUGGGUGAGCCGCCCCGCUUCCGCUCGACGGGCGUCUCCCUUUACCGGUUCACGUUCCCGCUUGACAAGGCUCGCGAGAUCCUCAAGGGGUACCCACCGGCGAUUGACCCGGCCAACGGCGGGUUCUUCAGCAUCAUGGCGGUCGAUGACCAGACCAACCGCAACAUCGUCUUCUACCCCUGCCGGGACCUCACCGCGCUCAACGUCAUCGCGCGGAUCCCGGACUCGAUGCUCUCCGACGAGAGCUUGACGUCCUGGAACGCGGAGGGGACCUCGGAGGAGAUGCUCGACCACUUCUUCGACUUUGCGCCGUGGGUCCUCGAGAUCAUGAAACACGCUGAGGUCGUCCAUCUGUACAAAGUCAAGGACAUGGACCCCCUACCAACGUACACCCGAGGCCGCGCCGUCGUGGUCGGCGACGCGGCGCACCCGAUGACGCCAUUCCAAGACCAGGCCGCGACGCAGGCCAUCGAGGACGCCGAGGGCCUCCGCCUCCUUCUACAUGAGGGCGUCGACGCCGACAACGUCAGCCGCGCGCUGCGGACGUGGGACUCGGUGCGGUGUCCGCGCGCGUCGCAGGUCCAGCGGAACUCGCGCUACGUUACCGAUAUGUCGGCGCAGGCGCAGCUGGACCGGAUGAGGCUGAACUGGACGUAUAGAGGCAUCCACGCGGCGUUGAGGAAUCGUUAA